UGUAUUUGUGCUUGAGUGCCAAUCUAGACGUGCGAGAGGAGGGAGAGAGGUUUGAGAUAGGGCAAAGCGGCUGGAGCCUCGGAAAAGAAGGGACCUUUUUAAUCGUCUUCUCAUCCUCUCUCCUUCAGAUAGACACGUGCAUCUCCUCUCUUCAGGAUAAACACUUCUGAGAUGUCUUUCUUAUUGGCAGCUCUUGACAAACUGGCUUAUUUGUUGUCUCUGGUGGCGUUUUGUGUCAGUUUGUCUUAUAGCUGGCUGAAAUGAGAGUUAAUUCAUCUGGUCUGGUCUGGGUUUGGGAUUCUGGAUUUUGGGCUGAUUGCAUGUGGAUUGUGACAGCUUUUUAGUUUGGGAUGCGUGAUUGAUAUGCCCCAGCUCCAAGUGCUUUGGAAACUAAUCACUCAGAGUGUUACUGGUGAAAAAACAGACCCUGUGAGAGUAAGAGGAUGCAACGAAACGGUGUGCUGAGGAUAUGCACUGUUCUGCUGUUGGCACUGUGCACUUUUGCAAGUGAAGUCUUUGACUGGACCAAGAAUGAAAUGGGAUCGUUUCAAUAUGGCACAUUUCCUUCAGGAUUUUCUUGGGGCGCUGGCAGCUCAGCAUAUCAGACAGAAGGAGCAUGGGACAAAGAUGGAAAAGGGAAAAGCAUUUGGGAUAUUUUUUCUCACAAGAGAGGGAAAAUUGAUCGGAAUGACACCGGCGACUAUUCCUGCAAUGGCUAUUAUAAGAUCAAGGAUGAUAUCUCACUGAUGAAAGACAUGAAGCUGAACCACUACCUCUUCUCCAUUUCCUGGCCAAGGAUUCUGCCCAGUGGCAUUAGGACUGACUACAUCAACGAAAAAGGGAUAGAACACUAUGAUAACAUGAUUAAUAUGCUUCUGGAGAACAGGAUCACACCAAUUGUGACGCUCUACCACUGGGACUUACCUCAGGUUCUAGAGGAGAAAUAUGGAGGUUGGCAAAACGCAAGUAUGAUCAGCUUCUUCAAUGAUUUUGCAAACCUUUGCUUUGAGAGAUUUGGCAGUCGAGUCAAACACUGGAUCACAUUCAACAACCCUUGGUCUGUUGCAGUAGAGGGUUACGAGACUGGAGAACAUGCUCCUGGUCUGAAGAUGAGGGGCAAUGGUGCCUAUAACGCUGCCCACAACAUCAUCAAGGCUCAUGCUAAAGUCUGGCACACAUAUGACACCCAAUGGCGAAACAAGCAGAAAGGUAUGGUGGGCAUCUCCCUGUCAGCUGACUGGGGAGAACCAGUGGAUGUCACUAACCAGAGAGAUAUAGAAGCUGCCGAAAGAUACGUUCAGUUCCACCUGGGCUGGUUUGCCACGCCACUCUUUACCGGAGACUAUCCUCAAAUAAUGAAAGACUACAUAGGAAGGAAAAGUGCCCAGCAGGGCUUAAGCAGUUCUCGUCUGCCUGCUUUUAAUCCUCAUGAAAAGAGUUACAUCAGAGGCACGUGCGACUUCCUGGGCAUCAGUCACUUCACCACACGCUACAUCACACAGAAGAACUUUCUCCCCAGCCGAGGAAACAGCUACUUCACCGACCGAGAUCUGGCGGAGCUGGUCGACCCCAACUGGCCUGAUCCUGGAUCAGAGUGGCUCUACUCAGUGCCAUGGGGUUUCAACCGUCUGCUGAGCUUCGUAAAGACGCAGUAUGGAGACCCCAUUAUAUAUGUGACAGGAAAUGGUGUAUCAGAGAAGAUGAUGUGCACAGAUUUGUGUGAUGAGUGGAGAAUCCAGUACUUCAGGGAUUACAUCAAUGAAAUGCUCAAAGCGGUUAAAGAUGGAGUGAAUGUGAAAGGCUACACAGCUUGGUCACUACUCGACAAGUUUGAGUGGGAUGAGGGCUUCUCUGAAAGAUUCGGCCUUUAUUAUGUGGACUUUGGGAGCAAAAAUAAGCCACGCUACCCAAAGGCAUCAGUUCAGUUCUAUAAGCGCAUCAUCAGCUCCAAUGGUUUCCCCAAUCAGAGAGAGAUUGAAAGCUGGAAAAGAAAGUCACUGGAAACAUGCACCUCAAGUAACCAGCUCCUUGCGGCAGCUAGAAGAAAGUCCAAGGAACAUGCAGAUAUGCCAAAGGUUUGGCCUGUGCAUGAUGAAGUUUAGAUCCAUUGAUCGGCCACAUGGAGAUGGUCACAGAGAUUGUCAUCCCCACAGUGUGCACUCUCUGCAUUCUCCUCAGUGCAGUUUUCCUCAUGUUUCUGCUGAGAACACGGCUGUAAAACAGACACACUCACAUUGACUUUUCAUAUUGCAUGUGUCAGUGCAGCAUUUCUCCUUUUAAUACAUUUUUAUUAUUAACUAUGACAAAUAGAGACUUGUUUGUAUGUGCUUUCACAUAAUAUGGUCCACAAAUGUACUUCUGCGUUCAUGAAUUGACGGACCAACCAAACAUCUCUCAACAAAUUACACAGAGAAGAAGUUGAGGUUUGGGUGUUUGAUAAAGAGGUGAAAAAAUGUAGGUGGAAGUUUUCUGAAAGUAUUUUUAAACAUAGCAAUGGCGUUUGUAUAUGUGACAAAGACAAACAUGACAUAAAUGCUAUAAUAAAUGUGCUUUUAAAUCUUGUAAACAAAUAUAAAAUUCAGUCCACCAGCAUUUAACGCAUACACUGCAGUAUAAGAUCCACAUGUAUGAGAUCUGUGCUUUCAAUAAAGGUUGAAACCCUGCAUUAAACG